AUGACGGAAAGUUUAAUAAAUGAAUGGUUAGCAGAUUGUGCAGAUGUAUCAUCAUCGGAACUUCAUACUUUUGCAACUACUUUAUCUCAAGACAAUGAAAUAGUCAGAGCUCUUUAUGUACUCUUGGAAGAACGUAGUAAAUAUGGUCAGUUGAUGGAUAUAGUAUGUGAUCAAUUAUACAAUUUUUAUCGCUCUCGAGAAACAGAAUUACAAAGAUUCACCUUGCAAUUUUUGCCAACAUUAGUAUAUAUUUAUUUAAAUUCUGCAGCUCAUGGUGAUAUUAAGAAUUGUCGGUCUGUAGAAACACUAUUGAUUGGCUUGUAUAAUCUAGAGAUAGUGGAUAAAUCUGGACAACAAAAAGCAAUUUCUUUUAGACUACCUUCACUUGCUAUGCUUUCUAUAUUUCAUGAGCCUGCAAGUUUAGCACCUGCAUCUUUAACGGAGAGUGCAGUGCGUAGGUUUGAAGAAUGUAAUACAAAACUCGUUAGUUGGGGUCCACUGCAACAAGUUGAAACACUAAAUGCUCAGAAUAGAUUAAAAGUUAUGACUGCUCUUCUUUUUAUCUACAAUCAACAACUCGGUUAUAUAAGUAAAUUCGCGUUGGAGCAAUUAUGCAAAGUUGCUACCAAACUCGUCACUCAAGGAUUUAUGAAGCCUGGACAUCAUCAACGAUCUUCGUACGGAAGCGAGUCCAGUUUUGUUCCAAGACUUUUACCUCGUAUACCCGUAUCGAGUCAAUUUCUGCUUGAAUUUUUGCAUGCUGUAUAUUUUGCUAUGUAUAACGAUUGUUGGUAUUUAGGAACACAAGCAGUAGAAGAUAUUCAUAAUCGAGCAUGUUAUGAGACGUAUCCAGAUGUUAUGCUUGUCACCAAUGCUAUACGUAAUUCCGCCAGUAAUGGACCAUCAGGUCAACCUAGCGAUGGACCAAUUGGCAUUAGUGUUGCAUUAUCGCCAGCAACUGCAACUGCUACGGUGUCCAAAUCAAUGAUCACAAAUGCUUCGUUCCGGACCAAAAAGUUACCAGAUGAUAUACCGAUUCAAGAAACGAAGGAAGAUUCUGGAGGAGAAGGUAAAAGUAAUCUUGUAUCAAUCACAGAAGAAGAAUCGAUAGAACCAAGUAGAGUUGGUUCAAUGAGACAAUCGAAGGAUCAAAAGACUGCGUCUAAAAUCACGAAUUUCCCAGUACUUGGGAAAAAACCGCGAGAAAAGGAUGGUAAGGUAGCUAAGACUUAUAUUAGCAUACCUGAGAAGGAGAAGAAACUUGGAUCUCAAGCGACUUCAAAGGAGAGUAUUAAAGGUAGUUCCUCAAUGUUAAAUAGUGACUCGACAGAAAUUGAUGGAAAUAUUAAUGGGUGUUCUAUCAGGAAAAAGAAUAAUAGUGUAGAAAAUAAUUCAGCUACAGUAGACAGUAAUAUUUCUUUGAUCGAUGGCGAACGUCUUGCGUUAGGCGGAGAAAUAGAUAACUCUAAUAUGGAAACUCCUAUUACUUUAAGAACGCAUAAUGAAACUGAAUCAUUAACUUCGUCUAUCCAAGUUAGCUCUGUUUAAGUUAUUACAAAUAGAUUUUUAAAAUGGACAUAAGAAAAAUAGUAGUGGACUAUAUUGAAUGAAAUAAAUUGUUUUUUAUAGUUUCUUAUCUUCUAUAUAUUGUAAAUACAUUUUCUUUCCUUCAAGUUUAAGAACAUACACUUCGUCUUUUAUGUAUAAUUUAAUUCAAUUAUUGAUUCUCAGAUAAAGACUUCAUUUAAAAUGAUAUUGUAUUUUGAAGAAAACAGUUUUACAUAUAGUUGAUUCAAAAGUGGUCCAUUACUAUAUUGAUCUCCAUACUCAGUUAAAAAAAGAACUAGUAAAAUAAUAAUGGGGAAGGGAACAAUAACUUAACAUAUAUUUUUUUCUUCAAUAAAGGUACAUCCUCGCAUAUUAAAAGAUUCUAUUUAUCAUCCUUAUAACAUGUCUGUUAAAUUCAUUCAAUAGAUAUCUAUUUUUUUCAAAUAUUUUAAUAUCUGAUUAUUUAAAGAUUAUUUUAAUUAUCAAAAAGUAGUAGACCAGCCCUAUAUUUAAAAAAUGAUAAUUUAUUCAAUAUUUAAAUUGAUCCGAAAUAUGAAAGUAAAUGGAUUUCCCUGUAUUCUUUUCGGAAGUUUAUUAAAUUAAAUGACAUUAUUUUUUAAUAUUUGUAUUAUUUAAUUUCAUUAUAUUUAUAGCUAUUAAUGGCUAAUUAUUUCACGCAAGCCCAUUUGUUCUGGAUUCUACAAUGAAAAAUGGCAAUAGUUUUAUUUAAAAAAUGAUUUGCAUCCUCAAAUAUCAAGUAUUGUGUGAAAAGAAUACAAUAUGAUUGACUUGUACUUGGAGACAGAAAUUAAAUUUAAAAAAUCAUAAUUUUUUUAAUAAUCAUACUUUCCACGUAGUACAAAAAUUGUAUUUGUUUUUCAUAAAUUUCUAAUGAACAAAAUAUUUUUAGCCUCAUCGUACUCAUCUGUCCAAUGUUGAUUUUGAAAUAAUUUAUUUGAGUAUUUUUCCAUAAUUCUAAUAUUAAGAGUAUUCUUAUUUUAUAGUAAAAAUACAGAGAGCAACAUGCAAAUAAAUCUGCGAUUCUGAUAGUAUUUCUCUUUGUAAAUGCACUGUAAGUGCAUUGUUAUAGGAAAUAUAUAAAAAAAAUUUUUAUUUAAAAUUAUUUAUUAUCUAUUGUUUUAAUUAAAAUAAAAAUUUUUUGUAACUAUUAAAAAAAUACUAAGAAUCAUAAAAAAGAAUCAUAAACAUGAGUAAAAUAUAUUUAAAAAAUCAUAACUUGGAAUUGGUAUUUACUUGAAAAGACUGUAUAUUGCAUCACAUUAUUACUUAGUCUAAUAAAGAAAAAUAUACCACUAUGAUUUGUUAACCAAUGAGAGUGUUCAGUGCGGCAUUGUAUGGAUAUUAAUGUCAAAUUAAAAAGAAAACAAGAUAUAUAAUAUAUCUUAUAUAAAUGUUUUAAAGCAAUCAUUUAAUUGUUGUGACACUUCAGAAGUUUUCUAUUAAUUAUAAAGUCAGUCUAUCAAAUAAUAAAAGAAGGCUGGAUUUAUAUUCUACUUCUUAUGAAAGAUAAAACUUUGCAUUUUAUCAUUACUUUCAUGGAAACAAAUUAAUUCAUGACAAUUCCAUACAAUAUAUAUUAAAAAAGGGUUAAUUAGAUUCUUUAAAAAUUAAUCAACUUGUAUGCAUAAUAUAAUUUAAAUUUAUUUAAAUAUAUUUUACAAUAUUAAAAUUGUUCCCUAUUCCUAUGUAUUGUCAUACAAUUACAAAUCGUAUACUAUAAUUUUUCAAUAAAAUUUUUUAUUUUCAUUUCUUUUAUAUCGUUACAAAAUAUGAAGCGCAAUAUAUCUUUGUAUCUUUUCCAAACAUUGAAAACAAUUAAUUGGGAAAAAAAUUAAUUGGAAGAACUUUUAUAAUCGGUAGGAUGUUAAAAUGAAAAUAUGUGAACACAUUCUACUUACAUGUUAUGUGAAAAAAGAAACAAAAUUUUGAAAAAUGAUUUUUAUAUUAAUUAAAAAUUUUUAAUUAAUAGCCACCAGAGAUACAAAGAUAGAAACCACAAGAUUAUAGAUUAAUUUAUUUUAGAGGGAACCAGAAUUUAAUUUUCUGUAUCACUGCCAUGUAGUGUAAUUUAAUCAAUUAAAUUGCACUGAUUAAGUUCAUAACAUACUUAAAUUCAUAAGUUUGGUUGAUUUGUAUUAUUAUACCUAAAAUUGCACACCCUAUAUAUGCGUGUGUGAGAUACAAAUAUUUAAACGAGCAAAAAGUAACAUGAACUGUAAGUAUUAAUGAAUUACAUAGAAAGAAUAUCUAUACAAAAAAUAAUAAGUUGAAUGUUUGUUAAAGUUAAUACUUGUACAAAAAGAGAGAAAGGAAAAUUGGUAAAUAUAUAAGAAUUGUAAAAUUUAAUGUAAAUUUUGGAGCCAUUCACCGUUCGUCUUAAAAUUGCUCUUUUCUGUAUAUUUGACAAAUUCUCUUGAGCAUCUAAUUAUAUCAAAUAUACAUAGAGAAACCUCUUGUAUAUGAAAA